CUAGUACAUUAUUGAUUGCUUCUCUUCUCAUCUACCAUUUUCUCUUCUUCAUCAUUCACUCAUCAGCAUCCAAUUUAUUUGUUUAAUCUUUGUAUGUAAUGUGUCUGUAGACAGAAUUGUUCAAUUCUUCCCCAUUACCCCCUUUAUUAGGGCUUAAAUUACUUUUUUCCAUAAAGGGGUUCAGCUAUUAAAUACGUUUAACGGUUAAUUUUGGGAAAACCCCAUCUGGGUUUUGGAUUUUGAUUGGAAUUUGUAAUCAAAUUCUUGGUUAAUUAGGGAAAACGAAAACCCAUCUGUUUUUUUUUUUGGAUUUUGAUAAUUUGGAAUUGGAUUUGCUGAUUUUGUGGUGAUGACUUUUGCUGGGAGCGAUGAGGAGGAAGGGGUAGUGGUGGUGGUUCCAUCGCCGUUGUUAGGGUUGGCGAGGGAAGAUCUGAAGGGUGAUUAUGUGAAAUUAGGUGGAGAUGAUUUGGAGGAUAAUAAAGGUUUUGUUGCGGGUUGUAUGAGUGCUUCAUCUUCAGAGCUUAGAUAUGGAGGUAAUAGCAGAUGUUGGUCUCUUUGGUGGUGGGCUAAGCUGGUACUUGUCCUUGCUUUUGUGGGAGUGUUGGCUGCUGUUUUUCUCAAAUGGGUUGGACCCUUUUUCAUGGAUAAGGAGAUUAUUCCAAUACUGAAUUGGGAGACCAGGACAUUCAGUACUCCAGUACUAGCAGUUCUAGUUUAUGCUUCUGUGGCACUAUUCCCCACCCUGCUUUUACCGUCCACUCCCUCCAUGUGGGUAGCUGGGAUGACAUUCGGAUAUGGUUAUGGUUUUCUACUUAUCAUUGCAGCAGUUCCUAUUGGUGUAUCUCUUCCUUAUUUCAUAGGUCAUCUUUUCCAUCACAGAAUCCAAAGCUUGAUAGAAAGAAACCCCAAGAAUGCUUCUGUUAUAAGACUAGCUGGUGAAGGGAAUUGGUUUAAUCAGGCCCGAGCUGUUACAUUAAUCAGGAUUUCCCCUUUUCCGUACAUAGUCUUCAAUUACUGUGCAAUGGCAACUGGUGUCAAGUAUGGUCCUUAUUUGCUGGGGACACUCAUAGGCAUGGUUCCAGAAAUAUUUGUUACAAUUUACACUGGCAUCCUGAUAAAGACUCUUGCAAAUGCUUCUCAAGAGCAACGUUUUUUAUCAGCUCCACAGAUUAUUCUUAAUGUUCUUGGCUUUAGUUUCACUUUUGUUACAACUGUGAUGAUCACUGUAUAUGCAAAAAGACGGCUCAAACAACUACAGAGAGAUGAGGAGUUGUUGCUACAAUGAGCUUCUGCUUUGUUAUUGUGUCUGGACAGGUGAAAGAAAUGAAGGGAACGGGGAUCUCAGAUUCUUUGAUGACCGAGAAGGUCAUUUGCAUCCAUCGAGAAUCUUUAUUGCUGCGUAGGAUAUUAUCUGCACAUCACACUUAUAGCAGAGAUCAAUGGACAAUUAUUUGUCACUUUUGGUUUUAUUAGCUGCACAGAUCGCGUACAACUGCAAGGAAGUGCAAAGCAAGGAAACUAACAUAGCUGGCAUACACAGAGGGAGCAAUCACUCAUUCAAGGCUCUGUCUCAUAUUGUUGAGACCAUCAUUGUAUAUAUAAUUGAAUAACCCAAUUAUGGGUAAAACUGAAUUAGGGCAGAGUAUUUGAAGAAUGAGUGCUUGGGUGUGACAAAAGACAUAUGCUUUGAUUAAACAUUGCUAUUUUCAGUAGAAAUGAGUACUUCUAAAUUUCUCUUAAGAAAAUGCUGAAAAA